AUGCUUCUAAUAGAUGACUCCUAUCCGGAUAUCUAUGCUUCUGGAAGAAUGACUCCCGAUGGUCUGCUUGAUGAAAACUUCGAGGAUGAAUUAGGGGCAGCGGCACCG